AUGAUUGCCGCGAUUUCUCUCUCAACGAACAUACCCGCCGGUUCAACUAACAUAACUGUAACUUCAGGCCCCAACGGUACUCAAAAACACAGCAAACCUCUAACUUCAACCCUCAAAUGGCUUGCCAAAUCCGGCAAAUUAGACGAGGCCCUUCGCCUGAUCGAAUCCUCACCGUCCAGAUUAACAUUCACCGAGCUCGAUGUAGAAGCCUACUCUCUCCUCCUCCACACCUGUAUCUCCAGAAAAUCAUUGGAGCAUGGCCGAAGGCUUUAUCUUCAACUUCUUCUCUCCAAGGACAGAGGUAACAACCACAGCCUUCUCCACAACCCAACUUUGAAAAGCAAGCUCAUCACGCUUUACUCUGUUUGCGGCCGAAUGGAUGAGGCUCGCUCUGUUUUCGAGGAUGGGUUGGAAGAUGAACAGGUUCCCGAGUCAGUGUGGGUGGCAAUGGCUAUUGGGUACUUGAGAAAUGGGUACUUGGUUGAAGCUUUGCUUGUGUAUUGUGACAUGCUGAUCCGGUUUGUCCAGCCGGAUUGUGAAUCAAUUGAAGAGCCUGAUCAAGUGGUGAACAAUGCUCUUUUGAGGUUGUAUGCGGAGAACGGGUGUUCUAUUGAGGUCUUCAGGGUGUUCGAUACAAUGCCUGAGAGAAAUGUUGUUUCCUGGAACUCUUUGAUUGCGAGUUUUGCUCGACGAGACCAAGUGUUUGAGUCAUUGCAUUCUUUUAGAAGGAUGCAAGGAGAGGGGAUGAGAUUCAGUUGGGUUACCCUUACGACAAUUUUACCAGUCUGCGGUAGACUGACUGCACUUCAUUGUGGGAAGGAGAUACAUGCCCAGAUUGUGAAGUCCACCAAGAGACCUGAUGUCCCUGUAUUAAACUCACUUAUCGACAUGUAUGCAAAAUCUGGAGAAAUUGAUUAUUGUAAGAGGGUGUUUGAGAGAAUGCAAAGUAAAGACUUGACAUCAUGGAAUACUCUGCUGACAGGGUAUGCAAACAAUGGAUUGAUAGAAGAAGGAAUGAAAUUGUUUGAUCAGAUGGUAGAGUCUGGUGUCCGACCAGAUGGAGUAACAUUUAUAGCUUUGUUGUCUGGCUGUAGCCAUGCGGGGCUUACUGAUGAAGGACGAAGAUUGUUUAAUAAAAUGAAGUUAGUUUAUGGUGUUUCACCAACAGUUGAGCAUUAUGCUUGCUUGGUGGAUCUCUUGGGCAGAGCUGGUAGAAUUAAGGAAGCCUUAGAUGUAGUGGAAAGAAUGCCUAUGAAGCCGACUGGCAGCAUAUGGGGAUCAUUACUUAACUCAUGCCGCCUCCAAGGCAAUGUUUCUCUUGCAGAGUUUGCUGCAAAGGAGUUGUUUGAACUUGAACCAACCAAUCCUGGGAACUAUGUAAUGCUCUCAAACGUUUAUGCAAAUGCAGGAAUGUGGAAUGAUGUGAAUAGGGUUAGAGAACUGAUGAAGCAUAGGGGAAUUAAAAAAGAUGCUGGAUGCAGUUGGGUACAGAUAAGGAAUAGAAUUCACACAUUUCUAGCAGGCGGGGGUUUUGAAUUUCGUAAUUCAGCUGAGUUCAAGAAGGUCUGGAAUGAAUUGACGGAUGCUAUGAAAGAUGUUGGAUAUAUCCUUGACACUAGUGUUGUGCUACAUGAUGUAAAUGAAGAAACUAAAGCAAUGUGGGUUUGUGGGCAUAGUGAAAGAGUCGCAGUUACUUUUGCACUUGUCCACACUGCUGCUGGAAUGCCAAUUAGGAUUACAAAGAACAUACGCAUUUGUGCAGAUUGCCACUCCUGGGUGAAAAUAGUUUCAGUGAUUACAGGGAGAUUGAUUGUUUUAAGGGACACAAAUCGCUUCCACCAUUUCAAAGGAGGAGCAUGCUCUUGUAAGGACCACUGGUGA